AUGUUAUAUCGUGAAGCUAAAACGAAGUUUAUAUUCAAUGCAGAAACUGGUAUUAUGAAAUUAGAACAAAAAUUACCAAUGUCAUGGCAUGCAUUUAAUGAAACACCCAAAUUUAUGGAAAUACCAGAAAUUCGUGCUAUAAACGAUGCCCAAAAUUAUUUAGUUAUGUCGAAUAAGAGUUUCUGGAUGUUAUACUAUCAAUAUAAACCGUACACGGAACCACAUACUUGGGUACCACCGUUCGACAGUUAUGCAAUGGUCGUUGGACCACAACAUUUUGUAGCAUUUGAUGGGCAACAUUAUGAUUUUAGUGGAUCCUGUUCAUAUCUUUUGGCAAACGAUUUUAUGGAUAGUAUCUUUUCGAUGAUCAUCAAUUAUAUCGUUAAGGAUAAAAUUAACGUUAAAUUAUUUAAGAAAGGUGUCAACACAAAAUUACCUGUACAAUUAGACAAAGCAUAUAUUUAUCGCGAAGCAGACACGAUAAUGAUCGAAAUCUUAAAGGGCUUUACAUUAAAAUGUAACUUAAAAUUCGAUAUAUGUAAAUUCCAUGUAUCCGGUUGGUAUUUUGGUAUGACAGCAGGUCUUUGGGGUACCAUGAACAACGAACCACGUGACGAUCACUUAGCAUCAACGAAACGAAUCAACAAUAAUAUUGGACGAUUCGCUCAAAGUUGGUCAUUACAACCGAAAAAAUGCCGUUCAACAAAUAAUCAAGCGAAAAUUGCUACGGAACCAUUAAAUGAGAAUUUAACAGAACUUUGUGAGGCGUUUUUCAGGAGUAAAGUUUCACCAUUGAACACGUGUUUCCCAAUUAUGAAUGCGUUACCGUACUAUAAUUUGUGUAUGAAUUAUCCAAAUGGAGAUAACCGGACAUCUUGUACCGCGGCUGUCGCUUAUAUGGAGGCUUGUAAAUUGGAAAAUACUCCGCUUAGAAUACCAGAUGUUUGUGUACAAUGUCAAUUAAUAAAUGGUACAGAAGUUCCCGAAGGUCAAUUUUUGAACUUAGAUGCUGAAAGUGUACCAAAAUCAGUUGAUAUUGUUUUCAUUGUGGAGGCAAAAGAAUGUAAUGCAAAUAUUUCAACAAAACGGAACAUCAAUCAAGUUGUAUCGUUAAUCGAAAAAGAGUUAACCGAUUUGAAAUUAGCAAAUAAUCGAUACGCUUUAGUUGUGUUCGGUGGUCCUGGAAUUUAUAGUGAGCCACGAAGUAUCAUUGUCAACAAUCAAAUAUUUACAACACAACAAGUGAUACCACAUUACUUCGAGAACAUACCAACGGGUAAUGGAAGUUCGGAUAUAUUCCAUGCAAUUAGUUUUGCCAAAGAGUUGAUCUUCCGACCUGGUGUUUCGAAAACAAUGAUUUUGUUACCGUGUACAGAUUGUCAAGCAGAUAAUAUGAAACUCGAUUACCCAGUCUUACAUCAAUUAUUACGAGAAAACGAUAUCACUUUACAUAUUCUAAUGAACAACGAUUUUGUUUUCCCGAAAUCACGUAUCAACAAAAUAUUCUACGGAAUUGACAGUAAUACAGCGUAUACGAAGAAAGAUGUCAAAGAGUUGAAGGGAGACGCAGGUUUACGUAGACAAGUGAAAUUACCUAAAUUUUACAGAUUUAGGAUUCUGUACACCUUUAGCAUUGGAAACAAAUGGUAA